UUACAGCAUCCAAAAAUGAGGCCAGAAAAAAAGAUCCAUAACCAGACCGAGACCCUGUUUUACUGCCCGAUUUCAUUGACCCUCCAUCAUCAUCAUUAUCAUUAUGAUUACCAUACAAAGGUGGCCAACGUCCCAUUGUAUGUGUUGGUGUCUGCGCUUGUUUUUCUGCUGUUGUUGUUAUAUGUAUGAAUGUCUAAGUGUCAAAGUUCAAAAACGACAGCUGCAUGGUUUGGUCAAAUUGUUAUUGGUGCAUUUUUUUGACCAUAUGUCGUUUUUUUUUUGCUUCACCACUGUUGUAUCUACUUUGUUUUUCGGAAAAAUGGACAAGAUCAGCAGCAACAGCAAAAAAAAAUCUGCUAUUUAGACCGAUAAACUGGAUGAUUUUGGUUUCAUUUCUACUUUGAUCAUUGAUUGAUUCACAAGUGCCUUUUCGACCAAAAACAAAAACAAAACCAAAACAAAAACAAUGACCAUCAUUGGAACAAAAUCACCACCAAAAUCAUCGAUUAUCAAACAAUUUUGGCAAAAUUAUUCAUUCAAUAAUCUGGCUUCACUUUGGUAUUCAGUGUUGAUAACCUGUUUACAGAUUUACAUAAUUGUACGUGCUAUCAAUCGUUUUAGUGGAUACAUUUCAUUACCAUGGCCAAACAACGAUGAUGGUGGACAAGCACCACGAGAUUCAAUAAAUUUUUAUCUAUUUUUCAUUGCAUCAAGUAUAUUGAUUAUACCAUUUUUGAUUGUAUCAUUGAUGAAAAUUGGCAACUAUCCAAAUGAUGGCCGUAAAUUGGGCCAUUUUGAUAUACGAAAAUGUCUCCAUUAUCUUGCAACCAAUGAUGAUGAUGAUGAUGAAACGAAUCACAAAUGGUAUCGUACACUGUGGAAACAUUCAUUACCGAUUGGUCCGAUAUUACAUCUCAUAAUGGCCAUGUGUUUACUAUUUCCACGGUUGAUAACCGAAGCACAAUUGAUUCGCCAUGGUUUUCUAUCCAAAACCAAUAUAUGGAAAACUGAUUUUGAUUUCAUUCUCAAACAUUUUGAUGAUGGAAAAAUUUAUUUCAAUUUUUUCGGUCUGAUUCAAACAAUCAACAAAACUGAACAGAAUUCAUUACUGUUAUUCAGUGAUACGGCCACAACAUUAAUUGGUCGUUAUUACAUGAAGAAUUCGCAUAUUUUUUCCAACGAUUAUGGUACAAUAAUGUCACCAGAAAUGAUCAAUAUUAUCAUUGCAUUAUUGAUGAUAACGGCAAAAUAUUCAUCAGUAUUUUGGCGUAUAAAUAAACAAUUUUCGGCCAUAUUAACAUUUCAAUUGUUAUUGAAUUCAAUGCAAAGUUUAAUUGCCAUCAAUACGUUUGAAAUUGGUUUCAAAAUAUUCAUCUGUGAUCCAACACAUAUGUUGAUUAGAUUUCGUGAAUCAUCAUCACUGUCAUUGAUGCAAUUAACAUUAUUGACCAUUCUAUAUUUGGCCACAUUACAAUUGUCAAGUGUAUCGUUAUAUUGUUAUGGUCUACUGAAAUAUCGUGAAUAUCGUUAUGCAAGGACAAAAUAUUUUCAACAAAAAUAUGAAAAUUAUUUGAUGGUCAAUUUGUUACCAUAUUUAUUUGCAUUAAUAUUUUUCAUCAUGAUGGCCAUCACUGUUGGUCCAUUAUUCUAUGAAUAUACGAUAAUUUAUUCUGGCAGUCUAAACAUUGGUGCCUUAUUGAUGCUCAUUGCAACCAUUAUCUAUUUUUUAUGUUGGAUUCUAAUGUGGAUAUUGUUGGCAACAAAAACUAGAUGGAAUUUUUAUUAUGAUGAUUUAGAGAAUGUUGAUGGUGAUGAUCAAAUGGCCAACAACAAUAGUAGUAACAAUUCAUCAUUGUUAAUAACAAAUGAUGGAAAAUUAUUCAAAAUCAAAGAUAAUCUUGCCACAAUGGCCAUUGUGAAUUUUAUAAAGGCUAAUGGUUUUGAAAAGAAUGGCCAUUAUAUUAAUAUAAAUGGUUGUGAAUCAUUGCAACAACAACAUCAACGAAUGACCACGACUACAAAAGAUUCGAAAUUGAAAUCUGCAUUGAAAAUUAAUCACCAUCAUCAUCAUCAUCAUGGUACUUUGAGUAAAAAUUUUCGUUUUUCAACUAAUCAACGAAACGUGACAGAUUCUAGCCAAACAUCGUACGAAACAUUAGAGAAACGAAUCAAUUUUGAUGAUCGUGAAGAUUCUGAUUCUUCUGAUAGUGGUGAAUAUACUACGUUUCAUCGAUUGAAACGAACUUAUUCAUUCAAUCCAAAUACAACCCGUGUGAAACAGAUGAGAAAUCAUCAUAACGAAACUACAGCAACAACAAAUGUUGCCUAUGGUAUAAUGGGCAAUAAUCCAUCAAAUGGCAAUAACCGAAAAAUUGAUUCAAUGAAAAAAAAUAGCCAUGACCAAAUUAGUGAUAUAUCAAGUGGAUUUCAUUCUGAUGGCAGUAAUAGUCUACAUUGUUCAUUAUUGGUCGACGACGACGACGACGACAACAACAAUGACGCAGUGUAUAAACCGACAACAACGAUAAAAAAUUCAUUUGAAAAUUUAAUGGAAAAAAUUGAAAAAGCCGCAGCAGAACGGCCAACAAUUCGUAGUAUAUCACCAAUGCAGAAAACAUCAAAUUUAUUAUUGAAUCAAAUGUUUCAUCAUCAUCAUCAUCAUCAUCAUGAUGGAAAUGUCAAAACAAAAAACAUACUCAGUACAUUUAAACAUCCACCAUCGACAGUACCAACAACAGCAACGAUUGAAUCAUCAAAAUUGAUUGAAUUUACAGAGAAUCCUGAUUAUAGUAAAUAUUAUUUACCACAACUAUAAAUAAUGAUGAUGAUGAAAAAAAAAA